AUGAUCUCCUCUACUCUCGUUAACGCCCUAGGCUUGCUGCUCAUUGGCGCACAGCAUGUCCGAGCAGCCAGCACAGUCAACAUUGCCUCCUCGGUCAAAGCAGACACCGAAUUUACAGUUACGGUGAACACUGAAGGUCUGGAUAAAUGGGGUGGUUCCGAACGCUGGAGCAAAUUCAAUGUCUACCUGACAUUGCGACUGCCCGAUACCGCCAAAACCGAAGCCCAGGUGUGCAUUCUAGCGAAUUCGACCAACCUUGGGAGUCUCUCCGGAACCAAGAGUGCCAAGGUCAAGAUCCCCGCCGACGCAGCUCCUGAUGGCGCGAGAGUCAUGGCUAGCGUGAUCAUCUAUGAAUCAGACCCCUAUGGAAACCUCACAUCCGGGACCCGGACCAGCGACAGAGCCACCUUUCAGGGCGGAAAUGCUAAGUGGGCAGAAUUUGAAAACCAAGGCCGCGCGUUGUGGAUUCCAGACUACAUCCCCUGUACUUCUUACGCUUGUGCCCGAGAGUGUGGCGUGAAGCAUUGGGAUGACAUCAAGGAGGUCAAGGAUAUAUCUGCCUAUGAGAAUACUUACGGAUGCAUGACAUCGUGCUCCGGUACUACAUUAGAGCCCUGGAGCGACUUUGUUGCCACCUAUUACGGCGGGACUGUCAACGACACUGAUUCAGCAAGCACUACAUCUGCUGCCUCGGCCUCAGCGACGGCUUCGACUACCACUAGUGUUUCUCAGACCGGUACUUCUGCUUCUGCUUCCUCUUCUACCAGCACCGAUACUGGCGCUGCCGAUAAACUCCUGGCUGGGAACUUUAGCUUGGUCGUGGCGGUGAUGCUUGCUGGCCUCGCCAUGUUCUAG